GUUUUAUUAAAAGUGAGUGUUUGGAGUACUUCACCUCACAUCGCCGCACUUUUGCAGAACAGUCAAAACAUGAUAAUCCCUAUAGCUCUCGCUCUCUAUGCACAUUUUCCCCUCAUUUUUUCAUCACCCUUAUUUCAGACUUCUGAUCAAGAUGAAAAGAAAAAUGAAAAUAUCAUUAAAUUAGAACAUGAUGAAACUGGAAAAUGUAUUUACGUGAAAUCAGAAGAAGGUGUUUAUCUCUACUCUUCACCAGGAUUAACACAGGUGUGUGGAUUUUACGUCAUUGCUGAUCCCCACCACACAGUCCAUUUCACAUUCCACGAAUUCAAGAUAUCUUGCGAAAAGGGUGGACUUCUAUCGGUUGUGGAUGGAUGGGAACUGAACGGGCAGUUUUUCCCGGGUAUUGAAGAUCACCCUAAAGCUUCGGAAAAUCGUUUUACAGAGUACUGUGGAGUAGAAAACAGACCCUGGAAAACUCUGGAGACAUCACAAAACAUCGGACUCUUGGAGUUCAGAAUUCCAGUCAAAGAGGAAGGAUUUAUUGUUGCAGUGGAAUUUCGUCCAAAUCCAAAACCAUGUAAUGCGGUUCUGCAGCAACCCUCUGGAGUUUAUACUUUGAGGAAUUACGGAGAGAAAGUAAACUGCACAAUGUCCAUCAUAUUUCCAGAAACAUUCCACAUUUUAGCCAGCAGCGUGGGUCACCAAUCAAUGCCCAAAACUGGACGGACUAUGGAUGUCGAAACGGGAAUUGUUAAGAAAUGCAAGAAUCGUGGCCUAGAAGAUUAUGUGGAAGUCAGAGGUGGAGAUGGUCUAGACCCAGGAAUGAUGACAGUUGCUGAAGACUUCUGUGGUUUGGAUUCAUUACCAGGUCGUAGUUCGGUGGAUGUUGCAUGCGGCAAUUCAGCUGUGCGUUUAGUAUCGAGCGGAAUGUUCGAGAACUCUGUAACUGUAAGCUUCAACCUGUUGAUGGAUUGGGGAUCUCCCAGCCUCGUCUGCCCAACUCUCUUACAAUCAGCUGCUUAAAUAAGUAUGAUUGAGGCAAAUGAGGAGAGACAGUAAACAGCGCUAUCAACCGAAACAGUUAUUUUACAGGAUAAAGAAGGUUCUUUGAACACAACAACCAACUGACUACAUGUGCGUAAAAAUGUUGAAAUAAUUUAUGUGUAGGCAUCUUAAAAUAUUCCAUUAAAUAUCUAACUGUUGUAAUAUUCCUCAUUAAAAUACUCUCAUUGGA